CUGCUUCAUUGCCAUACUUUAGGUAUCACAGCGUCCACCCUCACAAACCCCAUCUGGUAUGUCAAAACACGACUCCAGCUUGACUCCAGACCUUGUUCUUCAUUCGUGACGGCGGCGAGUGUAAUUCGCACCACCUGGCGUGAGUAUGGAAUGCGUGGGUUCUAUCGAGGCAUCAGCGCCUCCUACGUAGGGUCUAUAGAGACGGCGUUAAACUUUGUGCUGUACGAGAACAUCAAGGGCGCACUGCUCUCUUGGGGUCGACGCACUCGACUCACAAAGACGGUUAGGGACGACUAUGGCGUCUGCGGUGGCAAGAAUAGUAGCGAUGCUGACAGGCAGCAAUUCCGCGGCACCCAAGGCGGGAGCAAGCUCAAUGCAAAUAGCGAUAUGUUGCUAUGCAUGGGCGCCAGUGCCUUCUCAAAAGCUAUUGCUAUCACCGCAGCUUAUCCGCAUGGUGCGAAACUUAUUUUUUUGCUACGCAUUCACAUAGAGGCGCUCCCAUCAAAUCUCCAACCCAAUGCUAUAAAUGUUUCCAUCCGUAAAUUUUUCUGCUCUCCUUACUUACACCUUUUGCACCUCUUCAUGUUUUAA